ACCGGUGCAUCAUGGGAUACAAAAUGUUUCCUAAGGUUGCUAACUAGUGCUAAUAUACCGGAGAUAACUGAUAGUAAAUUCACAGUUUACUCCUUAUUCAAGUCUUUGUAGUCAGAAAAUAUUCGUAUCAUAUAAACUGCAUCUUGUUGUCGCUAUGUCUGCAGAAGCGGAUUGCAGAGUGUCCAGCUCCUCCAGCUCCAGAAAGGAUGAACAGAAGAGAUCGAGGAGCAGAGGAAGAGAAAAAAGGAAACGGAAACGCAGUCGUAGUAGAUCUUCCUCUUCAUCCUCUUCCAGCUCAUCAUCAUCAUCAUCAUCAUCGUCUUCUUCAUUGUCUUCAUCAUCGUCAUCGUCUUCAGGUUCUUCACGCUCAUCAAGCCAAAGUCGGAGUAGCUCUAGCAGUAGUGACUCUCGCAGUAAAUCCAGAAAACAGUCCAAGAAAAGGGGGAAGGAGAAACACAAAAAAAAAGGGAAGAAAGAGAAGAGGCAUAAACGUAAAAAAGACAAGAAGUCAAAAGGUGGAGAGGAAAACUCGGGGCCUGUACAGAUCUCCAAGUAUUUAAAGGACAGGAAAAAAGGCAAAUACAGCAUGAUUUCAGGGAAGAAGAUAAAGAUGAAAGUAAAGAAGUCAAAGAAGGACAAGCAGCGGGACAAAAAUCGAGCAGAGCUUCUGGAGUUCUUGAACUCUACCCUGUGAUGCCACUGUGAACACCAGUCCUGUUGGUCGGGCCCAGACACUUCAGCAGAUCUCAGGAAAAAUGAAAAAGCAGAGUUUUCCGAGAAAGAAAUGAUGACUAUGAAUUGAUUGGCCACAGAGCGGCAGCAGCGUGGUGGCUGGAGUGCAGGAGGAGAUAUUUCCAUCGGCAAAGCGAGAUGCGUUCUCACCACAGGCUCGUGAUGUAAGCAGUGUUAACAUUGAGCAGUGUGGUUAAAAAAUUUCAUCUGUGGUCAACUAGAUGGAAAUAAAAACUGCUGACCUGCCGGCCACUGGCUUCUCAAAUUAGCUUGUGGUUUGAACAUGUCAUCUCUUUUGAAAGAGAGCUCCCAGUUUAGAGUCACAACAUACCAUUUGAGAAAAUAUUGAAUUCAGUCAGAUAAUAAUUGGUACAGAGGAGAGAAGAGAUGUCCUAGAUCCAGAUGUGUCUUCCUUGUGUGAAGCUGGUUCCAGCAUCACCCACAGUGUAACUCAGCAGCCUGGUCAGAGUUUUACAUGUGCCGUUGUAGUCAUGGCUAAUGUAGCUUUGAGCCUCGUGUAGCAGCACAAAGGGGACUGCAGAGGAUUGAUCAAAUCACACACUCAGAUUUUUUUUAAUUUGUUUAUUUUUAUUUUAAACCUCGCAGACUCCCCCCCGCCCCCCUAGAUUUAAAUACAGGUCUUAGUUAAUCUUUUCUCUCUUUUUUUCCCCCAAGUCAUUCAUCUCAAGCUUUUGACAUUUAGAAAAGCCCGUACUUUUAUUUUCUGUAGAUAACUGACAAGAAUCAUUGUUGUUGGAGUCACAGUGUUUAUUCAAAUGAUAGUUUUUAAUAUGUAUGUUAUAUUAAAAAUGCGAAUGGACUCAAUGUUGUUUAAUGAUUACUGUUAAGUCUUAUUCAGAACCAUUUAUUCUCUCAUGAAUAGUGUUUCA